CGGUAGAUGAGCGCAGGAGAUCAGAGGGUGUCGAGCCAUGGGACUGUCCAUGCGUUCGGAUAGAGUUGAAAAAGGGCCAACCUUGGUGCCAGGUUUUCCCUGGAUAUGCAUAGCCAACCACCAUGUGGUCUUUGAACAAGCAAAAUCAAGACCAUGAUAGAAUUGCUUCAUGUAAUAUACGGACAUUGACGCCGACAAGCACUGACGGGCAUGCGGCGAGGAUGCGGCGUGCCAGCAUCCCGGAGUCGUUGCUUGACAUUUGUACAGUGUUGAGAAUAAAGUUGACAGACCCUUGCGCGGGCAGCUGUUCGGGGACGGCGGGGACAGCCUCCUGUGGGGCUAUUGCUGAACCAUCAAGCGCGUGUGCGUGUGGAUGCUGUUAUUCACGUGUGGAGACGUUUAAUUAAACCCAUUACAGUAUGCCGGGCCACGAGAGUAUUGGUAUUGUUGCACACGGGACGGCUUCGGUUGGCAUCCUGCUAAGCCGAUCCAGGCAGGCCAUGGGUGGCGCCGAAGCGUUCAGAAACAGAAACCGAUCCGUGGCGAGGGUGUUUACCGGGUUGUGCAAGGCUGGCGUGGAAUGGGCGCACCUCCAGCCACGGUUAGACGACAAGCAUAGUCAAGACGUCCAUGGCAGAGCAAGCCGAUGCCGUUGCUACCGACCUUGAAUUUGUGGCAUCCGUUGUCGGUCGUGGAUAGUUUCCAUCCGGUGUGUCCGGAGCGGCACCCGUUGCCCGCAAGCGGCUACUUGGCGUGAGAAGCUUAGCUCUACACGGCGCUAGGAUCGCGCAUCUUAGCGGCUUUGCCCACAGACGGUCG